UUUUCCUCCACGUUGGUCGAUAUUCCUCCAUCCCAUCAAGUCUACAACGAGAAACAGCCCAACAAGCAGACUGUGCGCAGGAAGCAGACAACGUCACCCGGACGAUGGGUAGACAGACUCAUCUCUGCGUGUGUCAAGGUGUUUCCUCCUCCCAAGACACGAAGGGAAAAAAAACCGCAAACCCAGGGCAAUCCACGCCAAACCCGACAAAACAAACGCGGCAAGCUAAAACACCGACCGGCGUCACCCGCCCAACCUCGCUGGCUCUACGACUCCUAG